AUGUGUCUCGGUGUAACAUGGUAUCUUUUCAAUGACAUGCAAUUUCAUUGGAUUGCUCCGCUAGCAUUAAUUCCAUUUGUAAUGAGACAAAAAGUUAUUGGAUACAUAAUGACAAUACUAUUCGUAUUUGUCAGUAUUGGAUCAAUUAUUGGUCUUCUUCUCUAUUAUCCAAGUAUGGUCACACAUGCAUUGGAUAUUUCAAGUAAUGCGACGGGUCCGAAUUUCUUCGACAAAAUCUACGGGACUCCGUGGUGUCGUAUUUCACCCUAUGCUAUUGGACUUUUCACCGGAUUUCUUGUUAUCAAUACCGGUCGUACCUAUCGUUUGAAUAGUUACAUUCGACUCAUUGGAAAUCUUUUCGCUAUUAUACUUGCCUUGGCUUGUAUCUUUUCGAUCUAUGGCGAUUAUAUACUAGUACCUGGUCUUAAUCGAGCUACACUCAUCACCUACCAAAGUCUAUCUCGACCCGCUUGGUCGAUCUCGAUUUCGUGGCUCAUUUUUUUGUGUAGCAUCAAUCAAGGUGGUAUCGUCAAUCGAAUAUUAUCUUUUUCCAUUUGGACACCAUUAGCACGUUUGAAUUAUGCUGCUUAUCUGAUUCAUUCGACAGUUAUCUUUGUCACUCUAUUUAAUCAAUCAAUCCCUGUGUAUUAUCAACCAAUGACCUUUGUCAAUAGUUAUAUGUCUACACUGUUCUUUAGUUAUUUGGCUGCAAUCGUCGUUGUGAUCUUUUUUGAAACACCCUUCUUUGUUCUAGAAAAGAAAAUUUUUAAGCGAUAAAGUUCCGCAUCUUUGAAACUAAAUAAAAUAAAUACAAAAAUUCAUAAGUAACUUGAUUCCGUUCUAGACAGAAAAUACAGAAGAAAAACUUUCAGCAUAAGAAAAGAUCGAUUAUGAUUGAACUAGUCAGAAAAGUCAGUGAAAAUGAUGGAACAUCUCUUAGAUCACAAAAUAGACAGUGUCAAAUCGUCCAACCACCGAUUUCCGACGAAAUCAGGAUUGCUUGUGAUCACUGGAUGUUUAAUUUAGAAUGAUAUGUGAAAACUAUGCAUUAUCAUUGAGACUGUUUGAAUUACUCAGUCAAACAUCUUCUUCUUGAAACAUCAAUUGUGAAAACGAUAAAAAGCUUUUCCAAAUAAUUACUAUUUAAACAGUAUGAUAUAUUCUUGAAAACUUGUUCAAACGAGUUAUAAAAGCGUCUAGUUGCUUAACACAUUGUCAUUGUUGAAACGGAUAAAUUGCAAAUGUCUGUGACCCUUUAAGCGCGAUUUUUUUUAGAGAUAUCAAACAAUUUUAACAGUUUGGAUAGGUUUUGUUGUGAAUGUGAGCCCACCCAUGAUGAAAAUUUACUACUCGAAAAAAAAAGUGGUGGUAAAAAGUUUUGUUUUCAUUGAAUAUUCUAUAAUGAACGGAAAAAAACAGAUUUUUUUUUUCGUUGUGUUCGAUUACUUUGGAUACAAGAAGAGAAACGAAAGAAAAAGUCAUAACCAAUAUUAUAAAAUGGCUUGGUAAACGAUGCAAAAAGACAAUCGAUGCGAGUCAGUAGAAGGCUCAUAUUCACUCUAAAUGUCCGCUCGCGGCAAUAAAUGUGAAAGUGAGAGUUUGAUAUGAGAAAGAUGAGAAGAAGGAAUGAAGAAAGUAUCGCUAAAAUACGAGCAAUAUGAUGUCAUUUCUGAUAUUCAUGACUGAUACGCAAUCUAUCAAAAGUAAACACUCAUUUCAUCAACAAAAUCAAAUGCAUCGUCUUAGUCAAAUAUUUUUUUAACAGCAAAUUACAGAAUAAAAAAUAAAAUUAGAAUGUCAGCAAAUAAGAGAAUAAUCGUCAUUUAAAAGCUCAAUAAAUGCACGUAUGAUUGUAGAUGAUGAAUCAUUCAUCACCAUUUGUUAAAUACAAUUACUCUUAUUGCCGACGAAGGAAACGAGAGAAGCAAACACACGACAAAAACGCCAUAAACAUGCUCAAAUUGUAUUGUUGUAAGGCAGAUAAAAAAUGGGAACCAAAGAUCCAAACAUAUCGAGGCUAAAUUGAAACAAGACGAAAACGUCUACAGAUCUAUACAUUUUUAUUUGCUUUCUAAGAUCAUCAUGAAACGAGCAAGUGGAGCAUCAUAAGGCAAAUGAAAGUUUUGUACAAUCUGUUACAGUCAACAGUCAGUUUCAUAUUUUCUCAUUCGAUAUUUUUAUCAUUGUUUCCUAGCGAAAGGAUCUAUUGGAUUCCUGAUAUCAAACGAAAUAUUCGUCAUUCUCUCAUCGUGAGUAUAUCUGCAAUGAAAACAAGCUAAAAGAGACGCAAUAACAAAUUGAAAUAUGAUUGUCUUGUACAAAUUAAAAAAUAUAAAACAUCACGUUAACUUUCUCAAUCUGUGUAACAUAGUUUCAGCAGAAAAUGUACCUAUAUCAUUAAAACUAUUUUUCGAUGAUUGUUGAAAAGCUAAAUUAUAUCAUUCAAUAAAAAAAGAUUUAUUCCUGCGUAUUUUUAAAUGAUUUAAUUAUCGUUCGUUUUUGUUACUAGAACUCUUCUUUAGUAUUUAACUUCAUCUUAACAAUAUAAGAUUAUUCAAUUACAAGCAGUUUUCAGGAAAAAAGUAAUCGCAUUCUUUAGAUAUGUUAUAAGAUCUCAGCUAAUAGCUACAGUUUUAAUAUUAUUUGAGUCAAAUAGUAAUGAUUAGAAGCUAUUACGUUAUGUCUUACUUCAAAAAUAUUCUAUUUAAGUACAUCUAUGAUUAUUUGAGAUUUGAACUUAUAAUACAAUGUCUAAUAGUGGCAAAUGAAAAGCUCUAACAUAUAAUCAAUUAUUCCAGUAAGCCUUUUUACGAAGACAAAUUGAUAUGAUGGAUUUUGUACUGUUUUGAAUUCAAAAGUGAAUUCAUAGUAGUUAAGUAAUGGAGAAGUGUGAAUGACAGAAUAACGAGAUUCACCAAACGUGUCAAGGAAUUAUUUUGACUUCUGAAUUAUUAGAAUUGUGAGUAACACUUCGUUUUGAUGAUAGGAACGCAUCUCUCUCUAUAUUAUAGAAUCAAACUGUGUUGAUUUAUCUGAAACUCCUUGCCGGAAUCCAUUCAAUUUUUUACAUCUAAAAAUUUUUAUUGAUUUUAGUAAUGAAUUCGUACAUCUUCGAAUUCCUAAGGAUUCUAAAAUUAAAAGAAUUUAACUACAUCUCAUUUCUAGCACAUCCUACGUUCUUUCGGUGUUAUUGUUCCGUCAAUUCAACGCGAACAUCCCAAAAAUUAGUGACAUGCAAUCUAAAUUUCAAUAAAAAAUCAACAAUCUGAUUUUGGUUAUCCGCCCGAAUUCUUUGACCAUUACUGGUGUACAUUUGUGCUCUGAACGAUGUGACAAGUAUUAACUUCCACUUAAUGCUAAAUAGUUUGUGUUAUUUGUCAACUUCUUCAUUUCCUUUAGUAUCUAUUUCUAGUUUUUGCAAUCGUAUCAAUGAAAUUGAAGAAUCGAAUUACAUACUCAGUAACAUGCUAAGAUAAUCAUUUGCUCAUAUAAUAAAGAGUGUGGGUGUGGGUGUGGAUGAUCUGCUUUCAUCCACACCCACACCCACACCCACAAAAAUUUUUUUUCUCAAGAGAGAAGGAUGUUAGGAUAUAUGUCAAUCCGACAUCUACAUAUACUAGUCUUUUAAUUCUUUCGUGUUGUCUUUCUUCUCUUUCCUUCUUUUGUUUUAUUUCUCUCUAUAUAUAAAUACAUAAGUGAUGAUGUUAGAGUAGCACUUUUUUUUUUCGUUUAUAAAAUAAACUUUAUGUUUUCACUUGAACACGCCUCUUUUUCUUAUAAUGAAAACAUAACAGAUGUUAACACUGCUUUAUUAUGAUUAAUUUUUUUCAAUUCUAUCUUUAUCAAUUAACGAUACAAUUGAUAACGAC